UCGGUUUCCAUUUCCCUUUCCUAAAACCAGUUUCUGAAAAACAAAGCAAAGGAACCAGGGGCUGCUUUCGUGUGUGUAUAUAUACAGGUUUCUUCAGCAUUUCUCUGAGGCAGAAGAAGAAGAUCUGAGGAGCAGAGGAUCUGCAGAGCCCGAACUGCAGCCUUACAGACGGGAAGAAAAGUGCACAGCGACCAUGAGCGAGGCCACUGAGAACUCCUUGAAGAGCAAACUACAGCUACUAAAAUGCCAUUUCACCUGGAACUCGUUAGGGGGAGAAAAUUCCUUGGAUGCUUUUGAAGACAGAGUGUGUUACCAGACUGAGUUUCAGAACAAUGAAUUCAAAGCAACACAGCACAACUUGCUGGCUUACAUAAAACACCUGCGUGGGCAAAACGAGGCAGCUCUGGAAUGCUUACAGAAAGCUGAAGAGUCAAUCCAGCAAGCGCACGCCGACCAAGCAGAAAUCCGAAGUCUGGUCACCUGGGGCAACUACGCCUGGGUCUACUACCACAUGGGCAGGCUCUCAGAAGCUCAGGCUUACCUAGACAAGGUCAAACAGGUGUGCGAGAAGUAUUCCAGCCCCUACAGAAUGGAGAGUCCCGAGAUGGAUAGUGAGGAAGGAUGGUCACGGUUAAAGUGUGGGGUAAAGCACACUGAAAGGGCAAAGGUGUGUUUUGAAAAGUGUCUGGAAAAGGACCCUGGGAACCCAGACUUCACCUCUGGACUGGCCAUCUCGAGCUACCGGCUGGAUAACUGGCCAGCGCCUCAGAAUUCCUUUGAUGCGCUGAUGCAAGCCAUUCAUCUAAGUCCUGACAACCAGUAUGUGAAAGUCCUCCUGGCUCUGAAAUAUCAAAAGAUGAAUGAGGAGGCUGAAGCAGAGAGGUUAGUUAAAGAAGCCGUGGAGAAAGCUCCAUGUGCCAUAGAUGUGCUUCGCGGUGCAGCAAUGCUGUAUCGGAAAAAAAAUGACCCAGACACAGCUAUAAAACUGCUGAAAAAGGCUCUAGAAUGCUCGCCAAACAAUGCCUACCUGUAUUGCCACAUUGGGGUAUGCUAUAGGGCAAAAGUUCACGAGUAUCAUAAUAAAAGCCAGAAUGUAAUAUAUAGGGAAAGAGAGGAGCUGCAGGAACUAAUAGAGCAAGCUGUGUAUCAUUUGAAGAGAGCUGAUGAGCUCAAUGGAAAUCUCAACAGUGUUUGCUCCUAUCUUGCCUGCCUCUAUGCACAGGCGGGUCAGUAUGAAGAAGCUGAGUAUUACUUCCAAAAAGAAUUCAGCAAAGAGCUCACGUCUGGAGACAAGCAAAUGCUCCAUUUACGAUAUGGCAACUUUCAGUGGUUUCAAAUGAAGUGUGAAGACAAGACCAUCCACCAUUUCAUAGAGGGUGUGAAAAUCAACCAGGACCCAAAGGCAACAGAAAAGAUGAAAUACAAACUGGGAAGUAUUGCCAGAAGCAGGCUUUCUAAAAACAAAUCAGACCCUGAAGCUUUGCAUAUCUUAGAAUUUCUUGAGGAGUUUAAUGGGAAAAGGCAGCCAGCGUAUGAAAACUCUGAGAGGGGCUUGGACUCUGGACACCGUCCUUCAGCAUCUUUAGUGGAGGAAUGAGGAGUUGGGGCGUGGUGCCCAUGGGUUACUCCUGGAAGGGAGCUGAAACCCUUCCUUCCAGUUCGUAUCAAAAUAUGAAUAAACUAUUGGUGGGGCAUAGACAUAGGCUGAGAACCUGUCCGCAGCACUGGAUUAGGGUUAUGGAAGACCUCUGUUGGGCCAAGUGUUAACACUUGAAUAGCUUAGAGAGCACCAGGAGAGGGGUCUAAUGGGGGGAGAGUGAGGAGGGCCUAUGGCUUGGUAAAGAGACUGUUUCCCAAUUGAACGCUGUGGAGAAGUUUGUGCUCUGUGACAUUCUUUCGGUCACCUUCUGAGGGGGGUUGCACUGGGUUUGUUCUGUAAGGAAGCCAGAUUCCUCACAUCUCUAACACUGGUCCAUUCUUGCAAUGCUUUUCCGUCACUGGAGUUUUCUGAGACUCUGUGUAGGAAUGUGCUGUGUCCAUCCAAAGGCUGGGGGACCAAAGCUUACAAAGGGCUGGGUGUCCUCUCUCUCACUUCUGCCUCUUUUCUCCUCCACCCUAGGCAACCCUCAAUCUAGACUGCCCUACACAGCAGCGGUUCAAUCAUCCUAUUAAUGAGGUGGGAAUAUAAUUUGAAAACCAGGGAGCAAAGAAUAAGUUAAAUCCAGGAGGGACAUAUCUCGGGGAAGCGAUGGGGUCAAUCAAUCACAGGCCAGAGUUUCGGGUGGCACAUGGGGAGAUUUUGCCUCUAUUAUGCACUCCCAGUGAUCAUACAACAAGUGAAGAAUAAAAGGGGGGGGGGGGUUUCUGACAAUAUGCUAAAAAACAAAAUAAUACAUUUCUUUAAAACUUGUAUGGGAAAAUAAGUGUCUCACCCGUAGGGAUAGAAACAGGGUAAGCAAAAGUGAGAGAGAGGAAUGCUGGUUGUUAUUGUAGAUUGUAAUCAUAUGGAGAAAUUUUAAUUUCCUUAGCCACUAUUAGAAAAAUUUCUUCGCAGGACGAAGGCUUGCUUUGUCAAAAGGAAAUGUUCUGGUGAGCCCGGGUUCAAGAUGACAGGAAAGCAACAAAACAGGGAACCGUUUUGCAGCUGAGGACCUCGUGAAAAGUCUUGGAAAAUGACAUCAAAACUGGAGGGUUUCCCCACUGUUAGAAAUAUUGUAUAUUUGGUGAUACAAAACUUUUAUGAACCCUGAAAAUUUUUAUGAAAAUUCCCAAAUUAAUGGUAUGUUUGGAGUGAUUGGGAUUUUCUAGGUAGAUACUGAAUAGCCUGGGACUCUGUCAAAGUUGGUGUGACUCAAAACAUACCUGACCCAGCACAAAACCAUCAAUUACCUUCUGGUUGCAAAAUGUUUGUCUGUUGGAAUUAGUUUACGCUUAAGUGGUUGUUCCCUGGGGCUGGGAGAGGAGGGAUAGAAGAGAUUUUAAGGGUGCAAAUUUGUAACCAGUAGAGAGAGGAGGGCUGGAGUCCUAAUGCACAAACAGUGAAUAUAUGCUCCAAACCUUAGUUAUCCACCACAAAAAAGAAAUAAGUAUAUGGUAUGAAAGAGGUGAUAAUUGUCAAACAAUGGCUUUCCUACUAUAAUAUGUAAAUGUGUCAAAUCAGCAUGCCAUAUACCUUAAAUUGGUUAUGUUAUAUGUCCAAUAUGUUUUGAUAAACUUAAGUAUAUACUAACAUUUUUAU